AUGGCGGACGAUGGCAUGAUUAUGAACUUUGACCUGGGGUCCGGCCCCAUCAAGCCCCAGGUCAAAAUUCAAGGCGGUCGCUGGCGCGACAGAGUGAAGGCGCAGCAAAUCGCGAAGGGUACGAACCGGAACAAGCGUCCUGCAUCACCAUCUUCAGAUGCCCCGCCGCCGCAAAGAUGGACGCCGGCGACGAGGAAAUCCCAUGAUCACGCCGGCGACGACGAUGGCGCUCACUUCCGCCCAGCCAAGCGACCGAGAGCCGAUCCUCCACGGCCUUCUUCUUAUCAGACCGGCAAGCUGCCUCCUGGCAGCAUCUCCGCCGGCGGCAGACCGAGAGACGGUCAGGUUACCUCCAGGCUCUUCUCUUUCAACCCGACACCCAAGACGGUCUUCGACGAACCCAACGAUGAAACGGUUGAAGAAGUAGCGAAAGAGCCAUCCAACGCACCGUUAUCCGAUGAAGCUGCCAGUUUCCACGCCCUUGGUUGCUCAAGACGUCUCGCCCUUACGCUCUCAGGCAAGAUUCAGCUGAAAGCACCCACAGCUAUUCAGUCCAAGGUCAUCCCGCAAUUAAUCAACGAAGACAGUGACGCUUUCGUGCAGGCGCAGACAGGUUCCGGAAAGACGCUGGCUUACCUGCUACCCAUCUUGCAGCGCAUCCUCUCAGUCGAGGGUCAGAUCAAGAGAGACUCGGGUCUGUUCGCCAUCGUUAUGGCUCCUACCCGCGAAUUGUGCCGACAGAUCGACGUGGUUCUUGCCAAGAUUCUUCCGCCUUACCUUGUCAGCACAACGGUCAUCGGUGGUGAAAGCAAACAUUCCGAGAAGAGCCGUCUGAGGAAAGGUGUAAACAUUCUCAUCGCUACGCCGGGUCGCUUGAGCGAUCAUCUCAAUAACACCAAGAGUCUCGACGUGGGCACGGUCAGGUGGCUUGUUCUCGACGAAGGUGAUCGCCUGAUGGAGAUGGGUUUCGAAGCGGAACUGCGCACUAUUGUCAGCAAAAUCCGUGAAGGUCCGUUGGCGGACGAAACGGCAAAUGGAGUUUCCCUCGCUGCGUUGCCCAAGCGCCGCGUCACCGUACUCUGCUCAGCUACCAUGAAGAUGAACGUCCAGAAGCUGGGCGAGAUCAGUUUGGAGGAUGCUGUGCAUAUCACGACGUCGGAAGAGGAGCAGAAUGGAGAGGAGGAAGUCAAGUUCGAAGCCCCGGCGCAACUAAAGCAGAACUACGUCAUCGUACCUGCCAAGUUGCGACUGGUGACGCUGAUUUCACUCCUGAAGUCAACAUUUUCUAGAAAGGGAUCGGUGAUGAAGGCCAUCGUCUUCCUUUCUUGCGCGGACGCGGUCGACUUCCACUUCGAUCUCCUGCGCAAACCGCUAUCCGAAGACGAGAAACCUUCGGGCAACCCCUCGCAAACAGCAAACACGGUUGCUCAAGCAGCAUACAUCACCUCACCCGCCAACACCAACAUUGUACUUCACAGACUCCACGGUUCCCUACCCCAGCCAGUACGAACAGCGACACUGGCAUCUUACAGCAGUUGCACCGAUCCAACGGUCCUCAUCACUACCGAUAUUGCCUCCCGUGGUCUCGACGUGCCGUCCGUCGAACUGGUUGUCGAAUACGACCCUGCCUUCUCCGCUGCCGACCACGUCCACCGUAUCGGUCGUACAGCUCGUGCCGGUCGUCCCGGAAAGGCCGUUCUCUUCCUGAUGCCCGGCUGUGAAGAGGGCUACAUCGAGCAUCUCAAGGCCAAGAAUGCUUCCCCUCCGAAGCCCGAACUUUACGACACUGUCCUCCAGCGUGGCCUUACUACGGGUAUGGAUUUCCCCGUGGAGACCGACGCAAAGCCCCUUCCGUCAACAGACAAGGGCUUCAGCGCCCGCGCCGAAAAUGUUCAACUCCACCUCGAGCAGCGGCUCCUCAUGCCGUCUUCGAAGACUCUCCUUGACGAGGCUCGCAAAGCCUUCCGUUCUCACGUCAGGGCAUAUGCUACGCACGUCAAGGAGGAGCGCGUGUACUUCGACAUCAAAGAGCUCCACCUGGGUCACUUGGCCAAAGCCUACGGCCUGCGCGAGGCGCCAACAGGUAUCGGACGUGGCGAUCACAGCGGCAAGAAGGCCGUCAUGAAGCAGAAGGCGGCAGGCAAGAGGGGCGACAGGAAGUCGUCUGGUAACGCGAUGGAGGAUGUUAACACUGGUGGAGGUGACGAGGCGAACGAGAUGGAGAGGAGGAUGAAGAUGAAGAUGAGGUCGGUGAUGAACGCAGCCAGCGAAUUCAACCUUGGUUGA